UUUUUAGGAGGGGCAAUGUUUUGCUUGCUAGCUAGCAGUGUCUGCCAUCUACUCUCUUGCCACUCCGAGCGCAUAUCUUACAUUAGGCUCAGGCUCGACUAUGCUGGCAUUGCAGCCCUGAUAUCUACCUCAUUCUAUCCCCCAGUAUAUUACUCUUUUAUGUGUUAUCCAUUCUUCUGCAACCUUUACUUGGGAUUCAUUACCAUAUUGGGAAUCGCCACUAUCUUGGUUUCUCUCCUUCCAGUCUUUCAAAGUCCAGAAUUCCGCACCAUCCGGGCAUCCCUCUUUUUUGGGAUGGGUUUGUCUGGUGCAGGACCUAUACUGCACAAGCUGUAUUUGUUCUGGGGUGAGCCUGAGGUAUUCCAUACAACAGGUUAUGAGCUUCUGAUGGGUGCUUUCUAUGGUAUUGGAGCACUGAUCUAUGCCACCAGGAUUCCGGAACGGUGGAUGCCUGGGAAAUUUGACAUUGCUGGACACAGUCACCAGUUGUUUCAUAUAUUCGUCGUGGCUGGGGCGUAUACUCAUUAUCGUGCUGGAUUGGUUUAUCUCAGGUGGCGUGACCUUAGGGGUUGCUGAUUUUGUAAACCAUAAAGGGAUCAGUCAUUGAUUGCUCAUUUUGUUGUAUAAUCUGCAGCUGUAUGCUAAUUUUACAUCUCGAGCUGGUCUAAAUUUGUGAUUCCAGUUUGGGAUGUUUAUGCAUCACUUAGUACACAGGACAUAUGUAUAGAUUUAGAAUCCUCAUGCAAUUAAGCAAUAAAAAUUUCAUGUGUAUCGUACAUGAUUGGAAACAAA